GAGAGGGGAAGGAAGGAAAGAAAGGACGACGCCGGCUAGGGCUUCGCUGUCGUCGUCGAGCGCCAGUGACAGAGAGCUCGAGGAAGAGAGAAAACGCGAUGGAAGAGAGAAGAAGGGGGUGCUCCGUCGCCGCUGAAGCUCCACCGCCACUGCUAGGGGUUGCUGUGCCGCCGCGAAGGAGCUCGAAGGGAGUACUCUCUGUCACCAGGCCACAAGCAGAACUAGAUCGCUAUUUGGAAGCUUCACAAAUUAGGGAGAGAGCAGUUGACAGGAUUAAUAAUGUUAUUGGAACAUACAACGAUUUGAGGCUCAGAAUAUUUUCUAAACACCCAGAUUUGUUCCCUGAAGAGUUUGAGCAUUUUGAUGAUUUCACUGUAGCUUCUUCAUGGGAAAGGUUCAUUUCUAAAAUUGAGGCAAUUUGUCGUCUCUGGAUGGCUGAUGGUCCUAAUAAUUUAUUGGAAAAAGGUGCAAUUCCCUUGGAGAAUUUCAAAAACUCAUACAAGAUCAAAUCUGAACUGCAAUAUGAGGUGAAAAGUUAUUGCAUGGAGUACUAUUUUGAAAUAAAAACUGGCAAAUCGUUUGACUGGAAUUUUACUUUUCAUGAUCUGCAGUUAUGUUUUGGUGUAAAGGAAUUUUUGCUCAUUGCUCCUCAAAGUGCAAGUGGUGUAGUUCUUGAUGCACCAGAGGCUAGCAGGCUGUUGAGUGCUGUUGCAAUUGCUUUGUCAAAUAGUUCAAGAGACUAUGGAUGCUGGUUUCAAUCGUAAUCAUUCCAGUGAAGUUUCUUCUCCAGUUGCUGGGCACCUUCCAGGUUAUAUGGACUAUCAAGUAGGAAUGAGACCACAGAUCUCUGUUGAGAGAAAAUGGGCCCUCGGGCUUCAGGCCAUGCAAUUGCUGCAGCUGCAAUUGUCUUCCCUCCAUCAAUCAAAAUGGAGGAGGAGGAGGAGGAGGAGCUGUUUCAGAUCAGAGUGCUGUAAAUGGAGGAGGAGCUGUUUCAGUUGCUCUUGUCCUCAAUCAAAAUGCUGCCAAGGUAGAGACGACUUCGGAAACUGCUGCGUUCUCCCAAAAUCCUGCACUUGUUCUUGCCCCAGUUCUCCCAAGAUAAAUAGCAAUGAGUAUAUUUGGUCGAAGGCUAAUCCUAAAGAGACAAAGGAAGAACUAAUUGAUAGAGGGUCUAAGUUCUUGGACUAGUAUAUUUCUGUUCAAGAAAACCUUUGUUGCUAAUUCUUUACAUUAUAUAAAGAGCAGUGUAUUAUAGAUGUGCUAAGGAGUAACUCUAUUUAUUUUGUAAAAGCUAAUUUAAUUUUACUUAUCUUUUUUUUUUAUUUUAAUGUGAGAUGUAUAAAUAUUCAAAAUUAUGAUCAUCCCAAUACUUUUAGUUCAUUAUAAAUAUAUUUGUUUAAGG